GUGAGCUCUUGGCUGAAAACACACUGGAACUGUAUCUGUUAAAAAGGGGGGAAAAAUAUCCUUCUCCCUAGUGCUGUGUAUAAGAAGAGAAGAAAUGUCCUGUCUUGGCAAGAGGAAACUGAAUCUCGUGCUGUGUUUGAUUCUUGUGGUCUCGCUCUUUGUGGCUGCGGUCCGCUACACAUACGACAACUCUUCGCUUCUCCUCCAGCCUCACCUAGGCCACGGUGCAAUUCUCAACAGAACAAGGGUUUUCACCCACCCCAGCAAGGCCCAGCAGCCCCGAGAGCUCCCUGGCUACAUCAGCGUCACAACGUUACAGCCUCUCCGCCUGCACUGUGACCUCUGCAGCAUCGUGUCCAGCUCCGGCCAGAUGCUCGGCCAGCAAGCGGGCAGGGUGAUCGACCAGUCGGCCUGCGUGUGGCGGAUGAACAACGCGCCCACGGCCGGGUUCGAGGUGGACGUCGGCACCAGGACCAGCGUCAGGGUGGUGUCCCACACCAGCAUCCCGCUCCUCCAGCAGAGGCAGCAGCACUACUUUGGGGAGGCCAACGAGACCGUCUACGUGAUCUGGGGGCCCUAUCGGAACAUGCGGCGGGAUGGGAAGGGGGCCACGUACAACGAGCUGCUGCAGCUGGCAAGGAACUACCCCCACGCCAAGAUCUACGUGACCACCGAGGAACGAAUGAACUACUGCGACAGGGUUUUCAAGCUGGAGACAGGAAAAGACAGGGUACUGUCAGGUACGUACCUGAGUACUGGCUGGUUCACACUCCUUCUUGCAAUGGAUGUCUGCCAUAAAAUCCAUAUCUUUGGAAUGAUUAAUGAUACCUAUUGCAGGGCUGAAGGACACAAAAAAGUUCCUUAUCAUUACUAUGAAGCCGGGAGUCGUGAUGAAUGCGUGGAGUAUGCCAUUCAUGAAAAUGCCCUCUACGGAGGUCACAGAUUUAUUACUGAAAAGGCUGUCUUUGCAAAGUGGGCCAAGAAUCACAACAUAACAUUCUCGCACCCAGCCAGCAUCUAUCCUGAUACAGCCUCUUAGACUCUGUGCAAGGACUGACCAUUCCAGCAGCACAGAUAGGACAAGGUCAUUGUCGCUGCUCUACAUUCACUGUGGAAUCAUUUCUCCUCUUUUUUGCCCAUGCAAAGAACACGUAAGGGUUUGCACAUGUCCAAAUAAUCCUUUUUUUAACU